AUGGUAUCUCAAGGUACCAAUUUGAUCCUAUGGCGUUUUGUUUUGGCCAUUGUGAUUCUAAUCUUUUUCACUCCAAAACUUAGUUUUGCCAAACAAUCCAAGUUAAUGGGCUUGAAAAUGAAUAUGAUUGAUAGUUGUUGGAGAACAAAUCUUGAAUGGAGGAGGCAUAGACAACAACUAUCGACUUGUUCUGUAGGCUAUGCUGGAAAGAUGACAAACAACAUUGGUAAUGACCUCAUACAUUAUAAAGUUACAGACCCAAAUGAUGAUCCUUUAACUCCCAAACCUGGUACGUUGAGAUACGGAGCUUCUGUAAUUCAAGGUAAAGUGUGGAUCACAUUCCAAAAAGACAUGAAUAUAAGACUCAUGAAACCCCUUCUCAUUAGUAGUUUCACUACCAUUGAUGGUCGCGGCGUCAAUGUCCACAUUGCUAAUAAUGCAUGUUUGAUGGUAUUCAAGGCCACCAACAUAAUCAUUCAUAGCAUUCGGAUCCAUCACUGCAAAGCUCAAGCACCGGGGAUGGUGAUGGGGCCUAAUGGAAAGGUAAUUCAUUUGGGUCCAGUAGAUGGAGAUGCAAUUAGAUUGGUCACGGCUUCAAAAAUUUGGAUUGAUCAUAAUACACUUUAUAAAUGUGAGGAUGGGCUGCUUGAUGUCACAAGAGGUUCAACUAACGUCACUAUAUCCAAUAAUUGGUUUAGAGAACAAGAUAAGGUUAUGCUUCUCGGUCAUGAUGAUGGGUAUGUCAGAGACAAGAACAUGAAGAUUACCGUUUUGUACAAUCAUUUUGGACCUAACUGCAACCAACGGAUGCCUAGGAUUCGCCAUGGAUAUGCACAUGUAGCCAACAAUCUUUACUUAGGAUGGAUGCAAUAUGCUAUUGGUGGAAGUAUGGGACCUAGUCUCAAAAGCGAGGCUAAUCUCUUCAUAGCACCAAAAGUUGGGAGUAAAGAGGUAACAUGGAGAAAAAAUGGUAAUACAAAUGGAGACAAAUGGGAAUUUCAUUCUGUAAGGGACGCAUUUGAAAAUGGAGCCUCCUUCAAAGUAACAAAAGGAGGACGUGUGCCAAAGCCGAACUAUACCAAAGAUCAAAGUUUUAAAGUUGUUGGUGUUAAAUUUGUUAGAUCAUUGACAAGAUCAUCAGGCGCAUUUCAAAUUUCCAAAACAAGUUGUAUGUGUGUAUAUUUCAAAUGGCAAACACAUUAUUCUUCCGUAAUUCACAGUCUCAACGCAUUCUUUGGUCUUCUUCUUUGA